CUAACAGGUGCGGAGCAUAACCCAAUAAAGAAACCCUUUUAUCAGUCGAUAUUGAUCUCUUCCCUUCCUCGCGAGUCUCGAUCUCUCUCGCCGAGCGAAUUCGUUUGUUCUUCUGAAGCUUCAGCUAGAUGAGAAUCAACCGCCUCAUACAGCUCAAUGAAAGUGUUAUCAUUUUUUUCUUAAGUGUGAAAGUAGGUGGCGUCCAUUGAGAUGAUCAGGCCUCAAAAUCACUUGGUGAAUACUGGAGGCAAGUGACUAGAGGAUAUAUUUGAGGGGAGAAGGUUCUUGGACUAGGCUUCAAAAGGUGAAAAGUCUUGGUCUACUUUUAUUACAAAAGAGAGAUUCAAAAUUCUGAUUCGGUAGUUACUUUGAUCUUUGAUCAGAACAAAGUAAAGGAUAGAAAUCAAUCAGUCAAUCAGGUCAGUAGAGAGUUCCGCAAGUAGCAUACUAGUAAUUGCAGAGGCAUAUGAAACCAUUAUGUUCUUUUGGUUUUUUUUCCUCUUUCAGGUACUAUAUGGAAGUUCAAGCACAUAAACAGCAAAUUUUCUUACUAGUUGGAAUCCUGCUUACAGCCCUUGCCAUCCUUGGCUCUUGCAUGCAUACUUUUCUAGUUUCAAGUGAGGAAGGCAAGUAUGACACAAAUUCCGAUGUCCAACCUUUCCCAGAGUUUCACAAAUUCAUUACAGAACCGUAUUUCAAAAAACGUGACAGCUUGCUUGAUUCCGAUUUCAGAAGCUUCAUAUCAAAUAAGCUUCCCCUCGACUCCUGUGCAAUACUGCAAGAUAAACUCAAUUUUAUGCCCAGGCUGUCGGUACUGAAACGCUAUCUAAUUGGUGAAGGCUCUCAUCGUCGCCUACUUUCAUCCAUCGGACUGAGUUUUGAGCCGGAGUCCGUAGCAGAGCGCCCCAGAAACUUGUGCAAGGUCAUAAGCAUAGAAAGACUGCCUUAUGGGGUUUUCGCAGAUCCAUUUGAGCUUCAGCAUCUCCUCCAGCGUGGUGUUUUAAGGGAUGCAGCUGUUUUUGGAGACACGAAUUUGGAGUUGCCUUCUUCAGUUUCAAAUUGUUCAGUAGUUGAGAUCCAUGUGGAUGUCUCUCCUAACAUAUUUUCAGGACAUAUGAACGGAGUGGAAAUCAACAUUGAGCUUCCAUUACAUGCACGUUAUCCGCCUUUGGGAGAACUUGCCUUUUCAAGAGUUGAAUUUGGCGGACCGAACAUAUUUGUACAGUGCAAUAUUGAGGGGAAAUCACAUAAUCACAGCUGUUUAUUUAUCCUAACUGGUAAUAGUGCUGAAGAAUCCCAAACUGGUAUUGCUUGGGAUAUACCAUGUGGAAUUAAGGAACACAAUGGAAUUGUCUCUGUUGUUACCUUUGUUUCAGCUGUUGUAUCAGCUCUUUUCAUUGUAUUGGCAACUGUUUGUUAUUCAGAUAUUCAGACAUCUGCAGUGAUGUAGAACAAAAUUCAUUUAUUAUUAGGAGCUCCAGCCCUUCAAUUGUAA